AAUUCGGUCCUCGAAAAAAAUCAAUCAUCGAAUUUAAUCAUCAAUAAGUGAAAUUAUCAUCAAACAAUAAUUCAACAUAAAAUCAUGACUUGUAUGUGUAUUGAUACGGCCUUAUCGAUUGUAUUCCAAAAAUUGGGUUACAUCGUUGGCAAAUAUCCUGGUUAUUUUGUGCUUGUACCGUUUUUCAUAGCAUGUAUAUUAGCUACCGGUUUACAACGAUUACGUUAUGAAGAUGAUCCAGAAUAUUUAUUCUCACCAACUGAUGGUCGUUCUAAAUUAGAACGUGCAAUUAUUGAUGAAUAUUUCCCUAUAAAUUAUACACAGAAUUUUAAUCUUGGUCGCAUAACACAUAAAGGUCGUUUUGGACGAUUAAUUAUAACAGCACGUGAUGGUGGUUCAGUUUUAAGAAGAUCUGUUUGGAAUGAACUAAUACAGCUGGAUAGUGCCAUCAAAAAUCUUACAAUCGAAUGGGAUGAUCAAAUUUAUCGUUAUGGUGAUCUGUGCGCCAAACAUGAAUAUAAAUGUUUCAAUAAUGAUAUAUUGGAUUUUGAUAAUAAAAUUGAUGAUAUUGAAGCACGAAGAUAUUUUUUAAAAUAUCCUAUUUGGGUUAAUCAUGAAACAUAUAAAGCAUAUUUUUUCCCCGCUUAUCUUGGUGGUGUACAACGUGAUGCUAACAAUAUAAUUGAAUCGGCUAAAGGUAUUAAUCUAAUGUAUUUUGCUGAUACAACAAUAAAAAAUGGUGAUAUUCGUGGCCAAUUAUGGGAACAAAAAUUUCUUGAUUUUGCCGCUUCGAUUCAAUUUGAACAUAUAAUUGUUUCACGUUUUAUAUCGACAACAUUACAAAAAGAACUUGAUAGUAAUACACAUAGUUUGGUGCCAUUUUUUAGUAUUACAAUAGCCAUAAUGUUAAUAUUUAGUAUUGGUACAUGUAUGAUGUUUGAUUGGGUACGAUCAAAACCAUGGCUUGGUUUAAUGGGUUGUUUAUCGGCCGGUAUUGCUGUUAUUGGUGCAUUUGGCCUAUGUGUUUAUUGUGGUAUCGAAAUGAUUGGAAUCAAUUUGGCUGCACCUUUUCUGAUGUUAGGUGUCGGUAUGGAUGAUGCAUUCGUAUUAUUGGCUGCAUGGAGACGAACCAAUCCAACAAUGAGUGUACCAAAACGAUUAAGUCAUACAUAUGCGGAAGCAGCUGUAUCGAUUACAAUUACAUCGUUGACCAAUUUUAUUUCAUUUAUGAUUGGCAUUAUAACUCCUUUUCCAUCGGUUCGAAUAUUUUGUAUCUAUACUUCGGUAGCUGUUUUAUUUACCUAUGUUUAUCAUAUAACAUUUUUUGGCGGUCUUAUGGCUUAUUUUGGUACAGUUGAACAACGUAAUCUUCAUGGUCUAAUUUGUAUACCGGUAUUGCCUAAAUCGCUUGCAGAGGAUAAAGGUUUUUUCUUCCGUUUAUUUUGUACUGGAGGCCGUAAUCCAAAUGAUCCGGAUAAUCCUAAAGAUAAUAAAGAACAUAUGAUGAUGAUAUUUUUUCGUGAUGUAUUGGCUGAAUCAUUAAAUCGACCAUUGGUUAAACUUUUGGUUAUUGGUGUAUUUCUUAUCUAUCUUUGUAUUGGUAUUUAUGGUUGUAGUGUUAUAAAAGAAGGUUUAGAUAGAAGAAAAUUAUCAAGAGAUGAUUCAUAUUCAAUACAAUUUUAUGAUUUUGAGGAUAAAUAUUUUCGUGAAUAUCCAUAUCGAAUACAGGUGGUUGUCAAUGAAACAAUGAAUUAUGCUGAUCCAAAAAUUCAACAACAAAUUGAAGAAAUGCUGCAAAGAUUUGAAGAUAGUCCUUAUGUAUCGGAUAGAUCGAUGACUGAAUCAUGGCUUCGUUCAUAUUUAACAUUUCUAAAUCAAGAUGAUAGUUUUCUUUUUCUUCAGGCUUUAAAUUUAUCCGAUCCUUCGGAUUUUUAUCGAGGAUUACGUGAUAUUUUUCUUCAUUUUCCAUUAACUGAACAAUUUCGUUAUGAUGUUGUUUUCAAUGAAGAUGGUUCUGAAGUUAUAGCAUCAAGAUAUAUAAUUCAAGUUAAAAAUAUUCUUGAUGCUAAUAUGGAAAAAGAAAUGUUAAUUGCAUUGCGUGGAAUUGCAGAUAGUUUUCCUUAUCACGUUACUAUUUAUCAUCAUUAUUUUAUAUUUUUUGAUCAAUUUGUUUUGGUUCGUAGUAUAUCAAUUCAAACUAUAACUGUUGCUGCAAUAGUAAUGAUGGCCAUUUCAUUAAUAUUCAUUCCAUCACCAUCAUGUGCUAUUUGGGUCGCAUUUUCAAUUAUAUCCAUUGAAAUUGGCGUCAUCGGUUACAUGACACUAUGGAAUGUUAAUCUAGAUUCAAUAUCAAUGAUCAAUUUAAUUAUGUGUAUAGGAUUUUCUGUUGAUUUUUCUGCACAUAUUUCCUAUGCAUAUAUUUCUUGUAAUGAACGAACACCCAGUGAAAGAGUCAAAUCGGCUCUUUAUUCGCUUGGAUUACCAAUUUUUCAGGGCAGUGUUUCAACUGUUCUUGGUAUAAUUGCAUUAGCAUUUGCACCUUCAUAUGUAUUUGUAACAUUUUUCAAAACCGUUUUUCUUGUUAUGUUAUUCGGUGCUACUCAUGGUAUACUUCUGUUACCCGUACUACUUUCAUUAACCGAUAUUUGUCGACAACCACCAAAAUUAUUGCCAAGAGAUCAAUCAACAGACAACAAAUCAUUACAUUUAUCAGGAGAAAUUCCACAACCAUAUCAUUUUAAGCCAACAAAUUUACAAACAAUGCAUAAAGAGUUACCAUUUUUUACAGCAGAAAAAUUUUUUGAUGGAAAAACUAUUGUACAUAAAAAUGGUGGUCCAAUAUAUAUUCCACGACCUUCAUACAUAAAUCUUGCAUGUAAUAAUGAAAAUCAAACUGUUGAUAAUAUUAAACGAAAUCGUGGACCAAGAAUAGUGGAUGAAUUUAGCGUUGAAGGAUCCAAAAGUCUUUCGGACAGUAGUGUAGUAGCUGAAAGAGAUCUUGGACUUGGAACAAGUGCUGAAGAAUGUAGUGAAAGUAGUUGGAAAGCUACUGAAUCAAAAAAUGAUAAUGUUGAUAUGAUAGUAAGAAAACAACCACAAAAAAUGAUUGAAAAUCAUCAUAUUAAUGAUGGUUAUUUAAGCGAUAGUAUGGAACAAAAUGGAUCGAAAAUGUUUAUAACAAGAAGUAAAAGUAAUGAUACUGUAAGAAAUGAAUCCAAAAGAAAUAUCAAAAAUAAUCGUCAAAUAAAAAUAAAUGAAGAACGUUUGAAUAGAAAUAUUCUACCACCAUCACUUUUCAAUCAUAAUCAUCAACAGCAACAACAAAACAAUCGAUUCGUACCGCCAAUGUCUUAUAAUAGAUAUUAUGAAGAACAUCCAUCUAGACAACGAUUACAAUCAUAUCUACCAGGAAGACCAACAAAUAGGCCGACACAAAGAAUACAACAAGAUCCAGAUAUAAUAUUAAAUCGUAAUGAUAUGAAUCAAUCAUCAUAUCAUUAUUUUGAUUAUAAUCUUCAUUGGGAUAGUAGGUGGUCUGGAACCGUUCCUGCAAACCAAAACAAACAAACUGAUAAUAAUAGUAGUGACUUACGGUAAUCAAAUUUGAACGAAAAAAACAAAAAUGAUAGCCAAGAAAAUUUAAUCACAGAUAUU